AUGAAUACAGGGGGCAUGGUGUGUCGUCACCGGCGCCAGCAGCCUGCGAGCUCGGCUCACUCUGAGCUGGUGUUACAGCCACGGGAGGAAGCGAAGCACUCGGAAAUGUCUCUCUCCAACAAACAGCCCGCAUCACUCUCCGAAUACAGCCAGCUGUGCAAAGGAAAGAACACAGAGAGCUUCUCGGAAGCCUUCCACUGCAUGGAGUCCCCAAAAGACUUUAGCAAAACUGAAUUCGAAUGGCAGAGGACUGAGGGGAAGCUGAAUGAGAUUGGCUUGAAUGUGAACUCGGGACCGAUUAAGGAUGGGCUCGUUAAGAACGCCGGUUUCACGGAUGAGGACAAGCUCUGCUUCUUUGAAGGAAAACUAGACAAAGAGCUAAAAAUAGCUCAGAAAGACAAAAGAGAAAUUGAGGUGCAAGGCAAAAAACAUCAGGCAGCUGCAGGUCACCUUGAGAGCUGGUCUUUGAUUUCGGAAACGUUUCCUUCUGCAGAAGGGAACUUUGCAAACCCUAAAACUACAGAUUUUCAUGUGGGACAGGCAGGAGCUGAAAAACCUGGUUCUGGGCUGGGUAAAAAUGAAGCCAUCACCGAUCAGGAGAAAGCAGUCAGUAAGGCUGGAAUGGAGAGCAAAUGCCAGCCAGACCCAAACCUGCCCAGUGUGUCAGUGUCGGAGAGUGAUCCCAGCAAAUACAUGAAGGAACAGGAAAUCAGUGUCUGGAAUCCAAAUUUCCACCCUAUCCUGCCUAACGAUUCGGGGUCUAAAGAAGCAACUGUGAAGAAAGGUGGAGCCCCCAGCUAUUGUGUAAUUGGGGUGGUUAAUGACAAUUAUGUGCAGAGUGGAUUUUCUUCUUCCUCAACGGCAUCUAAGCCAGAACCUCCAACUACCACCGUAGAGCUUGCACAAGAUGACUCCAAAAGUAGUUACUUUAAUAAUACCACUGAAAUGGAGGAAGAGAUGGAAGACAAGCUGAGCUGUGCAGACGAUGGCAAUUUUCUGAACAGGGCUGCCCACCAAAGGAAGGCAAUGAGGCGUGCAAUGUCAGAGUCCUCUCACUUGUCCGUGCCCCUAACCCUUAACCUGGCCGAUAAAUACCCUGAACCGGUGCUUAGAGAAGACGUCGCUACUGGUCUGCUCUCUCCUAAUAGCAGCCUGACCCAGUGCUCGAGCCCCACAGCCAGAAAGCCGGGCGCUCCAAUGAAAAGGUCAAUGACCGUGGCAGAAGAGCAAACAUCUGUCUGCAGCUUGGGUACCGAGCAGAGCCGUGCAGGGCUGCCCAGCCUGGUGGUGAAGGAGCAUCAGGCCCUUCCGGCAGAGGAGCCGGCUGCCAAGAAGCGAGAGGAGUGGAACAGCAGCAGCAACUCAGUCAAGAAAGAGCUGGGCAGUCCGAGCUUGUAUCACAGCAAGCUGGAGCAAAUCCCUGAAAUCAGCAGCCAGGACAAAGAGAGGGAGGAGGAGGUGGCAGUGAAGAAGGAGAAGAGAAAUGCCACUGAUGGAGCUGCUGGGCUUGAAUCUCCGAAAAGCAAAUGCAAUGAGAUGGAAUCCAGCAAAACUGCUCUACUGGAAAGAAAAGAAAUUGAGGUCAGCAAUGUGCAGAGCUCUCCAUCUCCCAAGCAAGGAGAUUUACCACGUGAUGCAAAACCAGAAGAGACCAAACCAGUUGAAGCUGUGACAGGGAACGAUAUCACAGCACCUCCCAACAAAGAGCUUCCUCCCAGCCCUGAGAAGAAGACAAAGCCUGCCACAUCCACGUCAUCUACAAAGCCUGCAGCAACGAAAGCCAGGCCCCUGUCCGCUACCAGCCCCAAGCGGCCACCCUCUGCCACACCUGGCCUAAACAAAAAACCCACGAGCCCUACUGCAGGUCCUACUUCAGCCACUACUACUAAACGCCCAACCACCAGCACUACACGUCCCUCCACCCUAGCUCCAAAAGAGACUAAACCAAAGGUUGCAGAUGCGAAGACCACAGAUAAGCGGACCUCACUUUCAAAGCCUCCAACAUCUGCCACUUCUAAAACUACUGUUAGGAGCAGCCCUGUUGCUCCUAAGACAACGGCAGCAUCACCAGUUGCUGCGGCUGCUGCUGCGAAAAAUACUGCUACUUCUCCACCGAAGAGGCCAACAUCCAUCAAGACUGAUGCAAAGCCUGCAGAUGCCAAGAAGACCACCGCAAAGUCACCAUCAGCAGACGUGAGCCGCCCUAAGAGUGCUACUGGAAAUGCAGUAAAAAGCAGCACCACCACUCCUACCACCUCCUCCAGUGCACCUGCUUUACCCGGAGUAGCCACCAGUCGUCCCAAACCCAAGCCUGCUGCAACCAAACCCACCACAACCUCUACCACAACAGCAGAUGCUAAAAAACCAACUGCUAAGGUUCCAGCUAAACCCAGCAUCGUUUCCAAGCCACCUCGCCCAACCAGCAGUGCUUCUGCUCCAGAUCUGAAAAAUGUACGUUCCAAAAUUGGAUCAACAGAUAAUAUUAAACAUCAGCCUGGUGGAGGAAAGGGGAAAAUAGAGAAAAGGCCAGAAUCAGCCGCUGCUGCACGCAAGUCUGAACCCAAUGUGGUCUCUAAAAUGGCUACUACUAAAACAACCGUAUCAAAAGAGGGUACCCCAAAACAGCCCAAUGGGAAAGUCCAGAUAGUCUCCAAAAAAGCGAACUACAGCCAUGUUCAGUCCAAGUGUGGUUCCAAGGACAAUAUUAAGCAUGUCCCUGGAGGUGGGAAUGUGCAGAUCCAGAACAAGAAAGUUGACCUUUCCAAAGUGUCCUCAAAGUGUGGCUCUAAGGCAAAUAUCAAGCAUAAGCCAGGGGGAGGAGAUGUCAAAAUUGAGAACCAGAAGCUGAACUUCAAGGAGAAGGCCCAAGCCAAAGUGGGUUCUCUGGACAACGUGGGACACUUGCCAGCAGGAGGAACUGUGAAGGCUGAGGGGAGCGCGGAGCCAGAGCAGCUCCCGCCAGCCCCUCAGAACGGAGAGGUGACAGCGGCCCAGGCAGGCAGUGAGAUGCGGGAGAAUGGCGUAGGGCCGGCAGUGCCCACUGCCCUCAGUGGUGGUGACCAAAGGGAAAUUCAGAGCUUCGAGACUCAGAUACAAGAAACAAAUUGAAUCUCACAAGCUGACGUUCCGUGAGAAGGCCAAGGCUCGAACAGACCACGGAGCAGAAAUCGUCGUCUCCAAACCCCCCAACCUUUCCAGCAGCACUUCCCCCUGGCGUAGCACAUCCAUCAGCGAGAGCCUGGGCUCAGUCGCCUCCUUGUCACCGCUGCAACAGCCAGCUCCCCUUGCAGCGCUUUCUCAGCAAGGCUUGUGACCCCUCCCAGCCCCAUCCCCUACCCGCUCCCCAGAGUAACGCAGCUUGGCUCUCUUAACCCGGCCCCUGGCUUUAGAUGGGAAGGGGACAGCGUUUAGCAGGGCUAGCGUCCCUUUCAGCCGCAAUGACUCCUCCAAGCAUCCUGGAGGCUCGCCCCUGCCCGAGCGUGCCGGGCUCCGGUGGUCCUUUCUUGGCUGGAAAGGGCUUUCUCCCCUCUCCAUGCCUCGUCCCUUUUGCUUUUAGGGGGAUGCUGGAGCGAGUGUUAGCGUCGUGUGACGGGAAUGGGCAUCUAGUGACCUCCAGGCUGUGUCUCGGUGGCUGGGUAGGAGCAUGCCUGCGCUGCUGGUGGCUGAAGCCAGGCCAGAGUUAACAGGGAUAAGCUGUGACCUUUCUUUCUGUCUUUAUUUUUAAACAAAACAAGAACCCACCUUUCCCUCCUUGCCGCUUCAGUUUCUGCUGAUCCUGUUUGAUGAUGAUGAUAUAUAUGAUACACACACGUUUAGGCUGUUUUAACUGUUGACUUUAACCUUUUAUUCUUUGUGACGAUGUGUUGAUGAUUUAUUGUGCUACAAACCCCUGCUAAGUUUCCUUUUCUCUUUCCUUCUUUUCCUAACCGUAGGAGAGUAGAGACAUUAACCGCUGCUGCAGUGCUGGCUUCUUAUUGACAUAUCCAGCAAUUGUAACAAUUUUGUUGUUGGUUGUUUUGGGUUUGGUUUCUUGGGUUUUUUUUUUUCUUUUUAAUAUUUUAAAACGAUGGAGCAAACUCAUGGGAUUAAGCCAUGUCUGAAAUGAAAGGCUCGAGAACGUGUUAACAGAGAACUUGCUGUAACAGAUCAGAUGGAGCCUGUGUUGACUGCAAUGAGACGUGUUGGCUCGAUGCUGGUAAAACCUUGUAGGGCUGAACCGUUGGGCCUGGAGUAUGCCCAGGACGUGUUAGCAAGGUGUGAAGACAGUUUAUUUAUUCACUUUCCCAGCCACAGCCCUGGGAUUGAGCUUUUUCUGGCCAGGGCCUGAGGUCAGAGGAGAGGCAGGAGGCUGCUUUCGCGGUGGAGUUGCAGGUUAACGCAGGCCUUGAGUUCCGAGGCUGAAGCAGGUCUGUGGUGUGCGCGUGUGGUGUUUUAGCAGAGGCCGAUGGGUGGGUGACUGUGUUGUCCGGCUGUCUGGGGUGAGGCCGAGGUGGGGAAGAAGGGAAAGCCCCCCUUUCCCCUGGGAUGCACCCCGGGGUGUGCAGGGGGCUGGGAGGGAGGCAGAGCCCUCGCUGGGCAGGGGAGGCAGGUUUUAGUGCCAGGGAGUUGCAGCUCUGACUAGGACUAAGGAGAUUGACCUACUCUUGGAGGUGUGAGCUCCUCGUUUCAUGUUGCAAAUGACACUAAAGAAAUGUAAAUAAAUUAAAAACAAAAAGAACAAAACAAAAAGAAAAGAAGUGUUCUUGGGUGGUCAAAUUAAUUUAAAGCAAAAAAAAAAAAGAAGCAACCAGAAAAAAAGGCGGAAUAACAAAACACUGGGAUCAAAGUGAACUGAACCAGGCGUGUGCUAAGGGGGGGCUGUCCAAGGAGGGGACGCAGGGAAGCCGGCAGCUUCUCAUGCUUGUGGGAAUAUUUCUUUGGGAAGCCGACAACGACACGAUAACCCGGAAUCUGUAUUUACACACAAAGAUUCUUAUUGCACUUGUAUUUUUUAUAUUAAAGUUUGCAUGAUUUCUAAUAAAAUGGCAUUAAAAUGUACUAGUUUGCAUCAAAGUCGUCUGCUAGUUUCAUAAGUGCUUUUUUCCUCUGAAUACAAAUUUAAAUAAGCAAUGCAGAUUUGCACCUCAAAGGGGCGGUUAUAUAUACCCUGGAAAACUCCCAGUGCUUCCCUUCCUCUUCCUCCUCCUCUUCCUCCCCACUGCACUCCUCCCUUCCAUCUCACAUCCCUUUAAUCCCAAACCAGGGAAAGUGGCCGAGCUGCUCUCUCCCUGCCCUUGUGUUGUGGCGUGUUGUGGCGUGUGGUCUUGGCACGCACUAACCCCGGCCCCUGUUGCAGGCCCAGCUCUUCAGUGAGAAGGGCUGGAGCUGGGGCAGGAGCUGAGGCUGGAAACCUCAUUCCUCAAGAGAGCAGGGCUGUGUCGGGAUGCUUUGAAACCCUCCAGCCAGUCCCGUGGGGGUGCUGCUGCCUCUGACCACCCGUUCACCUGCAUGCUGCCCUCAGGUAUAUAUCACUGCCCUUCACUGAUGCUUCCUUCUUUCUCUUACUGCUAAAUUCUAAACACCAGCUUGAUCUUGUCAAUCUUGGGUUUGGUUUUGUAUUGUUUUUUUCCAACACUUGAAUUGAGGGGAAGUUUGGAGGAGAGGGACUGAGGCGAGACCGAUCCCCUCCUUCGGCAGGGGCUGUGCUUCCCCAAGCAAUAAUGCUGAUACACUCGGGGCUAGGGCAGGCACCAGUGAGAGGGUCUGAUGCCCAUCGAGAGGGCCCAGUGUUGGCAAAGGUGUGCCUGGAGCCGCACUUCCCUGCUUGCCGGCAGCAAAUGCAGGCUGGCAGCAGAUGAAGCUGACCCCAGGCUCACCGGCUGGGCAGAGGAGGUGGCAGAUUGGUGCUGGUGGCAAUGGCCAGGGACCACUUGAGUGGCUUGAGGCAGGGAUGGCAAAGUCUGGUGGUGAUGGUGGUUCAACGAGGAGGUAGAAGCUGAGAUGUCAUGUUCCUCUUGCAGUGAUGCCCUGGGGUGAGAUGCCCGGGCGCAGGGAGGCAGCCAGGUCCUGGUCUUAGCUCAGGGGUCUCAGGAGGAAGGCGAGUGACAACAUUGCACUUCUGAGAUUGCAAAAGCAAAAAAGGCAAACCCCGAGCCCGCUGCAGAGGGACAGUAGUGCCACCUUCUCCCCCUGCAUUGCUUUUAUCCACUGUCUUGGCUGCUCAGUAGUCCUCGACAAGGCUUUCAGGCCCAUCUCUGAACAUGCACAACCCUUCCCAGACUCUGACACAGUUCAGCCGAAUGCCAAGCGGCUGCCCUGUGCUUCUGUGCCACUUUCUCUAACACUUGUUGUGCCUGUGUGUAGCUGACAAACAAAUCCAGAUCCACUAGUUGGCUGCGGUUUUUCUAGGACAGUGUCUUCAGGUUUCAUACAGUUGUUUUUUUUUGUAUUUUAUUUUAAGGAAAUGGCUGUAUAUAUUGCUAGCCUGGGAAGAGAUCCAUGUGUGGGGAAAACAGCUUUAGUUGCCUAAUGUGGAGAGGUGGGAGUGAGCUGGUUUGUGCUGAGACCUUAACUGAGGAUUGCAGGGAAGCUGCUGGCUGGGCAGAGCCAGGGAACGAGCUGAAUGUUGGCUUAAUCUAGGGAUAGAGGGAGCAAAUUCUCUUGGAUAAAAAAAGAGUUGUGGUCUGAAUUAGAUUAACUUGAAUGUACAUGUUGCUGUCCCGGGCUGCCUCCUGCAUGUCCUGCUUUCUCUGCAGCUGCACUUGGCCAGAUGCUGCUCUGGGGGAGGCAGGAGGGGAGAGGGGAGGGCUGGUGUGGCCGCGCAGCCUGUGUGCUUUGGUGAGCUGGGUCGGGGCCCUGCUGGAUGCGGCACUGUGGGCAGUGCUCAAGCUCGGGGCCUGCUCCUGUUUGGGCAAGAAGCUCAGCAAAGCCCUUUCCUAAGCUCAGGGUCAGGGCAAGCGCUGGCUUGGCGGUGGCUGAGCUGCUGAAGUGAAGGCAGCGGGAAGGGCUGGGUGUGAGCUUCUCUCUGGCUUGGGCAGGCAGGAGGCAUCCCCAUCGCCUGGGUGGCUCCGCCACCAUCCGGGUUGCUGGAGCCCAGUGUCUCUCUGCAUAUCAGUGGCACAUAGAGUUACUUUGGGGCUUUUUACCAUUAAAGUACAUUCAAGUAACCGAGUUUGUGUACUUGAGGCCACAGGAGCAGGAGGCCCCUUGGGUCAGUGUCCUGACCGCAAACUGAAUGUAGUUUUCUGUGCUGACCCUCACCAUUGUCCUCCACGUAGUGUCGGUGUGUGAGUGGGGCUCUAGGACCCUCUUCUGUUUGUGUUGUUCAAGCAGAAUUUCUAGUUCUCUUGGAAUGUGGCAGGAGCUUGAUGUCGGUGACAGCCUUGAGGUGACCGGAACUCCUGUGUCCUCCCCGCAUGUGGACGGAGGGAACGGCCGAGCCCAUCCUAAACUGUUCAGUGCUGGCCCUGCAAAAGGUCAAGUGGAGGCCUCCAGGCUGGGGAAAGUGUUACCAAAAGCCCUCCUGGCCCAGGGCAGGCUGCGGGUGGGUGGAAAACUGCGAUGCAAAGCAGCAGCAAGCGUGCUCCGUCUCUCCUUCCUCCUCCCCACCUGAAAUCCAGCUAGAGUAAGCAUUUGCCUUCCAGCUCUCCCUCACACGAGUCUCGCUGGCCACCAGCUGAUGUCUAGAGAUCAGACACAAGACUCUGGUCUUGCACCCGUUGUGCUCAUUCCAUCCCAGCAUUCAGCAUUGCCUGCAGCUUUGAUUACCCCGUAACAUAGGUACAACGAGUAAUAACAUAGUGGGGGGAAUGAUCAUGGGGAGGGAGGGGUGGACUGAGAGGACAGUGGGGCUGGAGACAAGGGUUUGGGGCUGAUCCUGGCUCUUGGCUCCCUCUGGGGUUUUGGGAACCUCUCUGCCUCAGUUUCCCCACCCGCAAGGUGGGGAUGAUACUACUUUUACCUCACCAGGCUGUUGUGAGGAGUGAGCAGUGUGUAAAGUGUGCUCUAAAUGUGAUGUGUUCUUACUAUUUUGUGUCAGGAUUAUUCUGCAGCAGCCCCGUCUCCUUGGGGCAGUGAGUGCACCCUUGUGCUGAGGGGAGGUCAGUGCAUGGUAUGAGGCCGGAGACAACAGCUCUGGGAGCUGGGGAGGGGGCCGAGGCAGAGCCCCCUUCUGCCAUGGGGUGAAUUCAGACCGGUUUGCUUCUGCCUUUCUGUCUCACCCUCCUGCGAGGGGCUGUAAGGCCAUCAUCUCCUUAGCAACAUUUCCUGACUUGAUGUUGUGAUUCUUACUAUUGUAAAGGGUUGAAAUAAAGCUUCUAGAUGUUCC